UCCGUGACGUUUCAAUCAGUGUGAUUUGUAAUAGAUACGCGAUUUCCUGCCCACCACUACUUGAAAGCUUUCAGUUUCAUUUGGUUAGUGGGAGAGCGGAACGAUAAAUUAAUGUUUUAAUAUUAUGUAAUUGCAAUAAAUGAAGUUUCCUCGGAAUCUUAGCCAAAUGGACGUCAACGGUUUUGUUUGUGCUUGGGAUGGGGUGGUAAUAUAAUGCGUGUGGGUUAAUUACAGCCGAUCACGAAUUUCACAGAGCGCGUGAAAGGGAUUUUCUGUUUGUUUUAAUUGCGAUCCCGGGUGACUGUUUGUAAAUUGACGAACCCAUCGAAGUAUUGUCAAGAGAAUUAUUUUCACACAUUCGAUGAGUACUUUAUGUACUCCAUGUUAUUGAUGGUGUCAAUCAGACGAGUGUCGGCAGGUUCAAUGUUUGCGCGACUGUAAUUAUGUGUAUGCCAUCAUUUCGCAAUGAUGUCAUUAGUGUAUUUUUGACUGAAUAAAAAUUAAAUUCCUGAAGUUUUUUUCCAAUUAAUGCGACUCUGUAGGUCAUAAGAGGAAUAAAGGUUAAUUUUGAAAAUGUUUUGAGCUGUGAUACAUUGCGGCCAUCUUUGUUCUGUCACCAUAGUAUUUGUAUAUGUAGUUGGCUGCGUCGGCUUUAUUCAUAUGACAGGUCAAUAUUUUUAACUGUUGGUCUUCUGCUGGGUCACUUUUUCCUGUGACUGAAGUAUCGUACACAAACCCGCCCGCACAGCCGUGCACGUUAAAGUACCGCUUCCGGGAUGGGGAGGUGUACUGGCCCCAGAUCGAAUCUGCCUGUCGGAUUAAUGACGAGGAGCGGUGUGUCGGUCAGCCUUGGUCCUGGAUGUGGUUUUUAGGUGGUUCCUCACAUCCCACCUAGGCUACAACUGAUGCUUCGGGUACAAGAAACUUUAUUGGCUGGGCUUUUGCAACAGGGGCACCAGCAUCGACAAGUGUGCCGUACCCAGAGGUUGCUACAAACACGAACCAGUUCUGAGAGGUUGACACCCGCAAACAUUAAUCGUCUGCCCACAUGUCGUCUCCCCGUGUUCCCGUGAAGGAAGAACCACUGGACGCUUUCGCGGCAGUCGACACGGAUCCUGUAUGUAUCAAAAUUGAACCGGAACAUGAUCAGUGUGCAGCUACACAUCUGGUCCCAGAAGCGACAAAAAUUAAGGUAUUUCAUUUGGAAGGUUUGAAGAGGGAAUGGAUUGAAGACAAUGUGAAGGAAUGUGGCUGGGACGAAGCUCAGGUGUGUGAAAAAACAGCUCUGGAGACAGAUGGGUUUAAGUUACAUGUGUUUGAGAAAGGAGCUGCAGAGAAAGAUGUGGUUCACGCCAAAAGAGGGCCGUGUAAGCUGUGCAUAUCAGAGGAUCCUGUAUGUAUCAAAAUUGAACCGGAACACGAUCAGUGUGCAGCUACACUUCCGGCCCCAGAAGCGACAAAAAUUAAGCCAUUUGAUUUGGAAGCUUUGAAGCAGGAAUGGAGCGAAGACGAUGGUGAGGAAGAUUUCUGGGACGUGGCUCAGGUGGGGCUUCACACUAUUGAGACGUACGCAGGUGCCCAGUCACCCCUCGGUUUAAUCCAGAACUUCGUGGAAUCUGAGAAAGCAGCUGUAGAGAGGGAUGGGGUUAAGUUACAGGUGUGUGAGAAAGUGGCUGUAGAGGAAGACGGGGUUCGUGCCGAAACACCCAAAACAGCACAGUCAUCUGAGCAGUGCGUACAGGAGGGACUGGAGAGUGCAAACACAACAGUGGACACUGUAAGGUUUAUGGUCCAAGGCCAGGAUAGGCCGCCUCCUACUGAGAAAUGUACCUCCGCAUGCACCAGAAUCGACGGGACUGCAGGCACCCGAGGGAUCGGUGGCGGCCAGCAGGUACGCGAGAGGAACGGGAGGAACACGCGCAUACUGUCGGUAAAGGUAGUGUUCGCUCAGAGGCGAGGUCGAGUCGGUUCCCCCGAGGAGACCCGUCCCGCACCGAGCACCGCAGUAAGCGACGGGAGGCGCGGGGAGGCGUCCGACGGCGGUCGCGAGGUACCGUCCCGUUCAGAGGGAGACGCGGCUCCGCCCGCGCGGCAACAUCGGUGGACGUGCGAGACGUGCCGCGCGCCCUGCCGCAGCUUCCACGAACUCAGGGUGCACUGCUGGAAGCACCAGGGGAAGCAGGUGUACGGCUGCGACCACUGCACCAGGACGUUCGCGCGCCGCAGCAGUCUGCAGCGCCACUCGCUGCAGCACAUGCUGCUGUGGCCCUACGAGUGCGGCGUGUGCUACAGGCGGUUCGUCAGCAACACCCGCCUGGCGCACCACUCGCUGGCGCACGAGGGCAGCCGUCCCUACCAGUGCGACUCCUGCGGCAGGACGUUCUCGCGGAGCAGAGACUGUAAGAUGCACUACCGCGCGUGCGUCGGCGAUCGGAUCUACUGCUGCGAUGUCUGCGGCAAGAAGUUCGCCAGCGAGAGCGGCCUCCGGCACCACGGGCACCUCCACUCGCUUCGGCAAUGUUGAGACCGUCUACCGUCUCUCUGGUGUCUCUGCACUGUCGCGAAGGCGACCGAAGUGGGGGCGGUUCUGCCAUUCUGCCUACGGUACGAAAAUGCGCUCGUAAACCUGCCGUGCGUGUUCGCACUGUAGUGUUCCCUUUCGUAUAGUCACUGUUGUAACAAUAAUUCUGUAGUAAAGUUGAAUCGUACCGAAUUGAUGAAUUACUUCGACCGAAAUAAUCGAUUUUUGAUUUUUGAAAAUUCGAUACGAUCGGUUAUAUAAAAUAAUUUGGCCGAGUGCGGCAGGCGAACACGCGUAUAAAAAGUAUUACAGUUUGCGAGCCUCAAGAGCCGGUGACUGUUUCUGCAGAGGGGUUGAAGGGGAAGUGAGAGGGGUGAAGGAAAGGGACCGGUGAGGUUUAGGAAAAUGGGCAGUGUUUGGAAAAGUUGCCCGGACCGGCAGAUUUUUAACAGGUGGGACGAGAAGGAAAGACAGAUUGUCGGGGGCCGCCAGUACUAGAAAAGAUAUAGGGGCAAGCUGCUCAUUAAUAUAAGCGGUACAGACAAAUAAACAAGUGGACUAUCACAUAAUGUAGAAAAUGGACAACAAAGACAGACGAGAGGGUUACGUAAAGGAGGAACGGUGGCCACACGGGCUAAUAUAUUGACUGAAAUAAUCCAUUUUUUUGAAAAUAUGGUGUAAUUGGAUAGACAAAAUAAUAGUCGAGCAGUGGCGGGAAACUGAAACUAAAUUGAAGCCUGCCCGAACAGGCCACGGAGGCCCGAAAGUAACGACCGGCCGCCGCGUCGUCCUCGGCCCGCAGGUGUAUUCGAGUGCAGAUACGGAAGGACACGUGGUCGGCACACCACUCUCCUCGGCCAUACGUCAGUUUACGACACCGCUGUCGCUAUUUCUCGGUCGAGUAGCUCCUCAGUUUGCCUCACGGGGGCUGAGUGUAACUCCACUUACCGAUUGCCCGUCCGAGUGCUAUUCCGGCCCGGCGAUCUGUCUGGAAGCGGUGUUACUACUGCAGCGGGGCCAUUAGUGGUGGCAGGAAAAACACGUUUACAAAGUAUUACAGUUUGUGAGCUUUUGGAGCCACGGUUCCUUCUUCUGCCAGAAGGGUUUAAGGUGAAGAAAGAGCCUUUCCUUCUCAUCCAGUUUGCCAAGUCUCCCCUGUAACGGGGAUCUGGCCAACUAUUCUGAAUUCUGCCCCUCUUCCUAAACCCUCACCAGUCCUCUUCCCCUUCAACCAGAACAAGGAGCCACUGGCUCUGAAAGCUCACAAACUGAAAUGCCUUUUAAAUGCGUGUUCUCCUGUCGCCACUCGGUGAGUAACGAGUAACUUGUUAUCUAUCCAGUUACAAAUGAAUGAAUCGUAAUUCGUGUGAAAUACAAAGAACUAAAGAUGUCAGAACCACUUAGCUUUGUAUCUUCUGGUGUGUAAUAAUGUUGAUGAUCACAUCUGCUCACUGUUAAAAAGUAAAGUCCCAUGUUCUUCCUGUUUGGAGCAUCUAAGUUUGCACUAUGUAUCCACCCGGAAGACUCGAACAGCACUUUAAAGUUCACUUCUACACAGACUGACUGUUACACUGUGUCUGUCCUGUAAUGACACGAACUGAACUGCCGGUCUGCGGUGUACUUUAUUGGAACUCGUGCUGUAGUGGUAGAGGUGCCACCUCUACACCGUGGGGUCCAGGGUUCAAUUCCCUGCCGGGUCAGAGAUUUUCUUUGCGCAGAGACUGGGUGUAUCUGAUGUCUUAAUCAUUUCCUCUCACAUUCCUCACAGAGAUGCACAAUUUGCCGUCACGGCGUAAAAUGAAACGAGUCGUACCUGGCAUUCGAACGACCCCGGACGAGAUCUUGAGGGCGGCAGUGUUGUGUCGUCAUUUCAGUUCAGUUCAUUUGGUCGGUGGACACAGCAUACCGGUUUGACAGGCAGGCGUACAUUAUUACAGGGUGUAUAUGCCUCAGGACAACCGGUAAAUCUGGGAAAAACCCAGUCAUUUUGUCAUCCAGGAAGUACCUGAGAAUUUUUCGUUGUUUUGCUUUCCAGUCAAAUUUUUGUAAUGUUGACUGGUAACUAAUGCUACAUUAUCAAAGAAUUUUACCCCACUACUCCGGAAUAAUACUGAAUAAAUAAAACAUAAAUGAGAGAAUAACACCAAAAGAAAACUUCAAAUGCAAAGAAAAUGCGCCAGUCGCAACAGCAAAACACAGUGCUUACACAAGUGUUUGCUGGCAGCAAAUUGUGUCAAAGACUGUGCAGUACUUCGUAACGACAGACUGCUUUCGAUGAGCGUGACGUCACGAUUGCUUACAUUUUGAAUAGGUCACUUUAAAAUCUUACAAAUCGUUUUUUGAGGAGUGUUACUUAGAAAGUAAAUUUAUAUUUACACAAGAUGAAUUACGUUACAUGUGACAAUAUGGGAUGUAUUUCUUAAAUCGUGGAGUGUUUGAUUCUCAUUCAAAACAUAGCACUUCGAAGACCGCCACUUAGAAAUUUCGAGCCCAGAAGACCAGCCAUUUAUGCCGUUAUUUAAAAGAUUGCUGGUGCAUUUGUGUUUGAUAUAUCUUAAAGGGUGACGUGCUAAGAAAGACCAAGUUUCGAGAUUAGUUUUCCAUUUUUAUUUUAGUUCUUCCAUAGGUUACCAAUUAUGCAAUAAUGAAAGCAAAAAGUAUAAUUAUACUUCAAAAAACAGCGCAAAGUGAGUUCUCGAGCAGUUUCACUCGUAAUUGGCUUUUCUAUGGAAAAGUCAAAGUGCUCGAAAUAACUUAUAUUCUGCCAGGUAACACACUCAAUUUUUGGUGCACAGUAGUGAAAUUUAUAAUUGUGCUUGUCAGAAAAAUUCAGCUGCUGCAGUUCAAGCUGUGCUCCAAGGUUCCUGCCUAACUACACUCUCGGAAAAAAACAGCAAAAAAUUAAGUGUUGCCACACACUAAAGAUUUUUCCAAAACGGGAUUUUUUUGCUGCUUUUCAUUUCCCAAAGUGUGUAAAACCUUCACCAUUCAAAGGAUUGACAAGUUUUACAGUUCCAAUGGAAAGUACAUUGUCACUUACUUUGAAAAAAAGUACUUUCACCAGGGGUAUAGUGUACUUUCGCCCAGGAAAAAGUGUAUCUAUAUCUGGGAUAUGCGGGAAAAAUCCGUGAUUUUUUUUCACUGUCCAUGUAUACGUCCUGUAUUAACAAUAACAUUUUAAUGAUUUACAGUUACAAGUAGUAGUUAUAAAGUCAUCUAAAUGCUGCAUGACAAAAUAUAAUUGCAAUUUAUGACAUAUGUACUAUAGCUUAAUAAAUUUCCAUGCCUUCAAAUCGUAAGUGUUAACAAUUUAUUUUACAAAAGUUAAUUUUAAACAUAAAUUAUAAUUUCACUUCUCUCCAAGUAUAAUGAUUUCUUAUGAUGGUUCACAUUAUUUUAUAUAAAUUACUUUGUUUCACUUUGUACUGAAGAUAAUGUGAUAGCUGUUCACGUAAUAAGCAAUUAUACAUGUCCUUUAAUGAAA